AUGGCUUCAAAGAAAUCAAAGGCUGCUCCAACGGAUGAUGAAUUGAAUGAACUUUUGGAAGGUAUUAAUGAUGUUAAAGUUAAAGUACCUUCUUCCAAGGGAGUUUCAAAAUCACAUAAAACGAAACAACCAUCUCAAUCAGAACAGGAUUUACUUGCGGAACUCGAAAACCUUGGAGCGCAACAACCAAGUAGACCACAUACACCUCGAAUUCAACAAGUAAAGCGUUCAAAUACAGCAACCCCUCCCCCAGCUUCUCGCAGAAGUGAGGAGAGAUCAAGCGAGGAGAAACCUGCUUUACCACGAAAGUCUGUUGACAGUACUCGAUCAUUCCAUACUAGUUUUACCCCUUCAGCAACUAGUAGCGAUCUUCAGGAAGUGGAAAAGAAAGCACCGAUUGCUCAACCUGCUACUGAAACCCCAUCGGCGGGUGGGGGAUGGUCAUGGGGAAGCGUCUUCGCAACAGCAACAGCGACCGCCAGUGCAGCAGUCAACCAAGCUCAAGCUGCAGUCAAGGAAAUUCAACAAAAUGAAGAAGCUAAACGAUGGGCGGAACAGGUAAAAGGAAAUGUUGGAGUUCUUAGAGGUUUUGGGGGUGAGUUGAGGUCAAGAGCUCUUCCAACCUUUACAAAUAUUCUUCACACUCUCGCACCACCUAUUUCAUCCCACGAGCGACUCCAAAUCCACAUCACCCAUGAUUUCAUCGGAUAUCCUUCUCUCGACCCUCUCAUCUAUUCAACAUUUUCCCGUGUGAUGGCUCAAGUUGAGGGAGGAGAUUUACUUGUCAUCCAACGUGGUCACGAAUCAACAGCACGUCGCGCAUCCGAAGCUGGCUAUACAGGGGGCACUGCGGGAUGGAGCGAUGGACCAUGGUGGCGCGUAGGAAACGACAAUCGCGAUAUUGGCUCCGUGAAAGGACUCAUCGAAGGAACGAAACUCGUUCGCGUAAGCGCAGAAGCUUAUUCAAAGGAAUAUUUCGACGCGCAUGGCGGACUAGAGCUUGCAGCUCAAAGAGCUACCGAAGAUCUCAGCGAAUCAAAUCCAGUCCGCAGCAGCGAUAUCUUCAUGGCCGUUCAAGCAAUUACUCAUGAAGCCCCUGGGGAUUUGUUUCAAGGAGGUCCGGUAGCAGAGAAAGAAGGUGUUGUGGUUGAUGAUAAGCCGAAACCGGAUGAAUUAAUCUCCUUCGCUAUUUACCUCAAAGAUCCAGUCCACGCCAUCACGUUCUAUACACUCACCCAAGCCAUUCCCGCAAAAUGGAUUCAAUGGCUGGAUGCCCCCCCUCCCCUAACUCCCGUAUCUCCAUCAUCACCCUCGGAAGAAAAGAGCGGAUUCUUCGGUGCAGAGUCAGAAGAGGCGCACACAGGGUUACCGGAGGAAAUCAUGCAAAUUAUAGCAAGUGGUGGAGUCGAUCCGCGCGAAUGGGUUGCGGAAUGGGUGGAGGAGACGCUCAGUUUAGGGGUGGGUGUUGUGGCGCAGAGAUAUGUGGCAAGGAGGAUGGGAGUUGGUGAAGGGGGCAUUGGUAAGGGGAAGGCGAGGAUGGAGGAGGUGCUUGGUGACGGCGGCGGGGAGGCAGCGCGAGCCGGGUUGAUUUGA